GGCGAGUGUCUGGGCUGGGGGCGGCCGGCGGGGGCGGGGCGGCCGGAGGAGGCGUUGGCAGCCGGCAGGGACCCACGCGGCGCCGCGGCCCGCCUGGCCUGCAGCGCUCCCACCCCCGGCGGCGACGGCACGAUGCCCUUUGACUUCAGGAGGUUUGACAUCUACAGGAAGGUACCCAAGGACCUUACGCAGCCGACGUAUACCGGGGCCAUCAUCUCUAUCUGCUGCUGCCUCUUCAUCCUCUUCCUCUUCCUUUCGGAGCUCACCGGAUUCAUAACGACAGAAGUCGUGAACGAGCUCUACGUCGAUGACCCUGACAAGGACAGUGGAGGCAAAAUCGACGUCAGCCUGAACAUCAGUUUACCCAACUUGCACUGUGAAUUGGUUGGGCUCGACAUCCAGGAUGAGAUGGGCAGGCAUGAAGUGGGGCAUAUCGACAACUCCAUGAAGAUCCCACUGAACAAUGGGGUGGGCUGCCGCUUCGAGGGGCAGUUCAGCAUCAACAAGGUCCCAGGCAACUUUCACGUGUCCACACACAGUGCCACGGCCCAGCCACAGAACCCAGACAUGACCCAUGUCAUCCACAAGCUCUCCUUUGGGGACACACUACAGGUCCAGAAUGUCCAUGGAGCUUUCAACGCUCUCGGGGGAGCAGACAGACUCACCUCCAACCCCCUUGCCUCCCACGACUAUAUCUUGAAGAUUGUACCCACGGUUUACGAGGACAAGAGUGGCAAGCAGCGGUACUCUUACCAGUACACGGUGGCCAACAAGGAGUAUGUUGCUUACAGCCACACCGGGCGUAUCAUCCCCGCCAUCUGGUUCCGAUACGACCUCAGCCCCAUCACGGUCAAGUACACAGAGAGACGGCAGCCUCUGUACAGGUUCAUCACCACGAUCUGUGCCAUCAUUGGCGGGACCUUCACCGUUGCUGGCAUUCUGGACUCGUGUAUCUUCACAGCCUCGGAGGCCUGGAAGAAGAUCCAGCUGGGCAAGAUGCAUUGACGACCUGCCCAGCCUGACGGCCAAGGACCUAUGGAGACCGAGACCAUCAGCCCUGCCUCCAGCGCCUCUAUCUGGCCCCGGAUCUGGCUGUCCCAAAGUGGGCGAGGGGGAGCCAGGGGGUGGCUCGUGGUUUCGCAGCUACCUCUUUCCCCCCCGCAUUUAAUUUUAGAUGAAUUACACUGCCUGAAGUUGUGAUGCUGUUUCCCCUGGGGAGCACCAACACCAGAAUCAGGCAAGGGGUGCUCGGGGAUGUUGGGGACCACUCCUAGAAGGGCUAUAGUCCCUUCUCUCUUAUGGGAACAGCCCAGAAUCCACGUCUACCAGCUCUCAGCCAGGCUUUGACAAUCUCAUAGCCUCCACCAUUUAGACACACUAAUCACAUAGUUUCCCCCCUGAGCAGCCAACCUGCAAACCUGCGCUGUCAGCUCUGGACCGGGCUGCCCAAAGGUACCCCCGACCUGGCGCCUUCAACAAAGCAAGGUCCUUCCGGGCCAGCCCCUGAGACGUGGCGCUGUACAUGGAACCCUCACUGCUGCCCCAUCCUUUUCUGCCCACCCAAGAGCCCAGGCCUUCAGAGCCUCGCCUCCACCCCUUUCUUUUCCUCCCAAGAAGCAGAUGCCCAGUUGUUAGGCUGCAGUGGUGAAGAUUCAAGUCUCCCAUUGGUCACUGGGCGGGUGGUGGGUUCCCCUUCCUCUCUUCACCUUGAUCCUCUGAACCCCCACCAAUGUGCCUCAGCCCCCAUGCUGUGUAACAGCAGCUUCUCUUGGUGGAGGAGCUCGUUGUGAUGGGAAGUCAUCCUCUGAGAACCAGACAGUUUGCGCACUUGUAUCCAGAUGCAAAGCGUUUUUUCUCUGCAACCGUAAAAUAAUCACGUCUCGGCCUCUCCCAGCCAGCCACCAUCAGUCCCAAGGCCUUAGGCAGGGGAAGCAAAGCAGACCCACCCUUCUCCCUCUGGACAUAGCCUCCGGGCUCCCAAGGGCUGCACAGCCUUGGCCCUCUCUCCAGCCCAGUUGUGGCCCACUUGCCACUGAGCUCCCCCGUCGGCUGGCCACGCACCAACAUGUUCCUGGUUCCUGGGGUGGCUCCAGUGUCUCCCCACUUGCUCCUGCGGUGGGACCCUACCCACUGCUCCCCCUCAUUGUUCCCCUUUAGUCCUGAAAGGGAGGGGCAACGGUCCAGGCACUGCUUCCACCCAGAGAAUUUCAGGUAUGCUCUGGUGCCCCAGGGACAGGGCCGCCCACCUGCUUUCCAUUUAUAUCAAGAUUGUUUGCAUACUUUUGUAAUUAAGGGGAGUGUCCAGUGGAAGGAGUUUUAACUUAAUCUAUAUUAAUAGCGCAUGUCUCUGCCAUUUGUAAUUUUGGCUCUGGAUUCCAAGUAGAAGAGGUGCCUGGCUUGCAUAUGAGUUCACUGAUGUGCAUUUGGUUAUUUCCGGUGUCUGUGGCCACUUAGAUGGACUGUUUUUACGUUCUGUUCCCCAGUUACAGAAAGGAGUCCCUUUGGUGCGUGACUAUGUGGGCCUGUAGGGGGUGUGGGCGGGGCGGGGAAAUGUGUGGCAUGUCCAGGAGUUGAAAUUCCACUUUUUGCAUUAGAAAAAAAAAAACAAACUUUUGAGGACAUAGAGGAUGUCAGUUUCCUAUGGAAGAGACGCCUCCAACCCGUUAUAAACAAAAUCUUAAGGGAAAAAAAUGUUUUCGUUCUUUUCCCCCCUCAUUGGGUUCAAAUAGAUUAAAUGGCUGAUUUUCAGAAAUAA